CAUUAAAAUGGAUUCUUGAACCAGAGCCAUGUGAGCCAGGCCCACCUGUUCCUGUCAUUGAAGACCUGUUAACAUCACCAGAGUAUGUUCAUUCUGAUGCCCCUAUGGUAUGGUUAAGACAUGCAUUAUCCCUGUCAGAGGAAGCCAUUAAAAGAACAGCAUUAGCAACAAUUGGGCAAAGGAACAACCCGAUGUGGUCGAUUGUAAGAAAAUACGGAAUAACAGCUUCCAACUUUGGUGCAGUUCUCAGUUCUAAGCAAAGACGAGUGACAUUGUCACUGAAGAAACGGUUUAUGUCGGCUUACAAUCUGGAGUCCAUCAAAGCUGUGGCAUGGGGUAUCACUCAUGAAGAUGAUGCUUUGAGAAAGUAUGAAAACGACUUUGAUGCAGCUAUAGAGCAAUCAGGGAUAGGGUUGCAUGAAUCCGGAGUGUUGGGAGCUUCACCUGAUGGCUUAGUUGUACGACCACCAACAUGUAGUGUAUUUUAUCAAACUCCAGAAGCCAAAGAUGCCAUUCCUGAUAUUGUAGAGGUGAAGUGUCCAUAUACAGCAUCGUCUUCAACAGUAGCAGAUGCAGCACAAAAUUUGAAGGAUUUCUUCAUAGAUAUUAAACAAGAUUCCCUGUGUCUGAAAACCAGUCACCCAUACUAUCAUCAAAUUCAAGGCCAGCUACAUAUAUGUAAUAAAACAUGCUGCGACUUAAUUGUGUGGACAAGAGUAGACUGCAUUGUGAUUAGAAUAGUAAAAGACACUGAAUGGACUGCAAAUGUUUCAAAGCUAGUAGAUUUCUACAUUAACAUUUUCAUUCCAGAACUGAUGGAAAACUGAGUUC